AUGGUCAAAAAUAUAUUCACUAGAGAGCAUCACGAAUGGGAUCGUCCAAUAGAAUUUGUGUUUUCACUUAUUUCAAACUCCGUAGGACUUGGUAAUGUCUGGCGUUUUCCGUAUCUUGCUGCUAGAAGUGGUGGUGGUGCUUUUCUUAUUCCGUACUUCAUUUUGUACUUCCUAAUCGGGGCACCUAUCUAUUACUUGGAAUUGGCCUUAGGUCAGUUUUCAAGUCGAGGGCCUGCUACAGCAUUUAUUCUCGCUAGAGGAUGGAAAGGUAAACAAAUAACUGGUAAUUAA